CGCAGCGGUACUCGCUCGAAGAUGGCGGAUCGUCCGUAGUAACAUCGACAUUUAGCUUUGUGAAUAUAAUCACAAAAUAUUCGUGAAUUUUAUGUGAAGAUGUGAUUCGUAUGAAUUAAAACAUAUUGUGUAGUGUUGUUAAAGUGAUUUGCAACAUGUGCCGGACAGGGAUGUGUCGUUUCGGUGUCGGGAACUGGAUAUUCUUGUUCGCCUGUCUCCAUUUGUUUACAUACGCUCAAGGCGGCGAGGACGCGCUGGACCCGGGCGUGCGGUUCAGCGUGGAGCCGAGCGACGCGGUGGUGGUGCCGGGUGACGCCGCGCUGCUGGCCUGCUCGGCCGCCUCCAGCCGCGCGCUGCGCCUGCACUGGCGGCACAGCGCCACCGCGCCGCCCACGCGGGACCACGCCAUCUCCGACACUGACAAAUACAGGAAGCAGUUGUCGAACGGCUCGCUGUGGAUAUCGGAGAUGUCGGCGUCGCUGGCGGGCCACUACCAGUGCGUGGCCAGCGUCGACGGGGUCGGCACCAUAGUGUCGCGGGUCGCGCUCGUCUUCCUGGCAGAGGUACCGGAGGUAGUAGGCGGUCCGCGCUCAGUGCUGGGCGCGGCGGGGAGCGCGGCGCUACUGCCGUGCGGGGUCCGCGCCCCCGCCCGCCUGGCGCUGCGCCUGCUGGCCGCGCCCCCCGACCGCCGCGUGUACGGCGCCGCCAGGCUGCACGCAGCGCCGCCUGUACUCAAUCUUAACGUGACGUGGCUGAAGAACGGGUCCCCGGUGCGGCUGGAGGCGUCGCGCAUGUGGCUGACGCCCAGCGGCGCGCUCGAGCUCGAGCCGCUGCGGCCGCACGACGCCGCGCGCUACCGCUGCAGGGUCGCGCUCGCCGCCGCGCCGCAUCUAUACAAGAUGAGCGAGGAGAUGGAGCUGCGAGUCAGCGCGGAGUCCCCCAACGUGGAGUCCCCGCCGAGGUUCAUCGCCACGCCGCAACCUGCCACCGUCAUGGAAGGUCUUGGUAGACGAUGUCUUUUUGUUGAUGAUAAUGAUGAUGAUUUGACGAGUGAUGAUGAUGUUACAGGUGCAUCUGUAACGUUUGACUGCGCGGCGGUGGGGAACCCUAAACCGGAGAUCACGUGGCUUAACAACGGAGCUGCCAUCGACCUCAGCGACCUGGACUCGCGGUUCUACCUGGUGGGGUCGGGGUCCCUGCGCGUGCAGGCGGCGCGCGCGCUGGACGCGGGCGCCUACACGUGCCGCGCGCACUCGCGCCUCGACUCCGCCGACAGCUCCGCGCACCUCGCCGUGCUCACGCCGCCGCGCGCGCUGGGCCCGCCCGCCGUACUGCGGGCCCGCCAGCGCGGCGACCUCACGCUGCGCUGCGACGUCCGCGGCCGCCCGCCGCCCGCCGUCGUCUGGCUCAAGGACGGAGACCCGCUCACCCCCAACAACCACGACAUCGCCAUCGUUGACGGGUCGUCGCUGCGCAUCCAGGGCGUGCUCCGCGUGGACGCCGGCAUGUUCCAGUGCGCGGCGUCGUCCCGCGCGGGCUCCGCCCUCGCCGCCGUCCGACUGCUCGUACUGCCGCCCGACGACGGUAACUAUACCACGCUGCACUCUUACAACGACGUCUUUUGCUAG